UCAGCUCCUUGGCAGCCCUCUGUUCUGUGUGCCCCAGUGACACAACUCUCUCGUUGCUAAUUCUAUUAAUUACUUAAAGAUCCGCCAACUACGGCUUGCUUUUGGUGCGAAGAGCCUGUUGCUGCUGCUAAGUGCUCAGCCUGUGCAGCAGCGAGGUCGGCCACCGAGGCACCCGGCUGCGGCCAACCUAUGUGUCCUUUUGUGUCUGUGGGGGAGCAAACUGAGACCCGCUGAGACCUCCCUUUCGGAGUGCUGAAGUUGGAGGUGCACUGAACAAUUGAGGAUUGGAUAUGGCGCUCAUGUGACCGAUUCGAGGCAGACGGCGUGUGCAGUCGGCCUGUUGGACUGCAGAGAGUUCGGGUAGAGCGGCUGUGGGUUCGUUCUGCGCGGAGCCUGAGAGAAACACCGUAGCAGCUAGAGGAACUGCCAAGAAAAACAUAUUUAACAAGAAGAAAGGGAUGUUAAAUGGUUGCCAUGCUGCAAGGAUGUAGCCACGUUUCAGUGCUUGUCCCCCUCAUUCAUCAUUAAGAUACAACAGUAUCGUUGACAUGAAGCCAAGACUCCUGAUUUUCUGAUUAAUGUUUGGAACAUUUUACAGAAGACUUCACAUAAACAAAUCGAAAUGAGAUGAGUAAACCCUUUGGUACAGCAUGUUCUCUUUUGAAGUUAUGUGCCCUUUGACUGAGAGAACCAUGAAAAACGUGGAGAACAAGCUGGAUCAGAUGAUACCAUGAAGAAUAGCUCACAGGUCCUCUGCUGCCAACUGCUUAGUGUUCUACUGAUCCUGACACUGACAGAAGAGCAGAUAUCUGCUGACCAGGAACUGUUUCCCAGUCGGACAGCUCAGGACACCAAGGUCUCUAUGGGAACACCGAACAGACCAGGAGCUGGUUUCCCUAGGGUACAAGGCAGCUCACCUUGGCAACAAAAUGCCAGUGGAGAAGGACAUGUUCAGGGAUACUCCGACACCAAACUGAGAGAGACUGAACAAAUCCAUCCCACAUCGACUCUCAGCAAAACAGCUCCAAGUCUGGAUAAAACAUCUGAUGAAAUAAACGUGUCAGGGACCCCAGCGAGUGCAUUUUAUACUUAUCCCAGCACAAGAGGAAAAACCGUGAAGGCUUCUAACACUAUUGCUUUAAAUACAGACACAAUGCAAACUCAGUUUACUGAGAAGUUGAAAGUGGAGGGCCCUACAAGUUCCAGCCAGCCUUACUUUCCUACAGAACUUCAACCCUCCACGUCAACAAUAACCCUAAGAGAUCCUUCUUUGACUACUCCAGAACUGUCCAACCACCAUGCCAUUACUCUGCGGGAACUGAGUGAAUACAGCAGUGUUAAUGUUUCCAAUGACACUUUUGGCCUUACAGUCACAGGGCAGGAGAAAAGCGCAAGACAGGGAAUGACAGAGAUGCCUCCUGCUAUCUCUCCGACCACCCCCUGGUUUGCCUCUGACCCGACAGCCUCCUCUUCUAAUCACAGCUUAUCACCAGAGAGGAAGGAAGCUUCAAAUUUGAAGAUUCCUGAUGGGAAUAAAAAUGCAGCUUCACACUUACUUAAGACCACCCAGGGGGAAAAUAUCAACAUUUCUUUAACUACACAGGAAAGUUUUGCAAAAAUAAAUUCAACAUUUAAUGGCACAGUGACGAGCACCAUGUCCAUCGGUGUUGUGUCAUGGAAUUUGUCCUAUGCCUCCACCACAGAGCUGGCUUCAACAGCAACAGGAAACUUCCUGAACAGACAUGUACCCAAAGGUCUGAGGCCUACUACCAACAACUCCCAUGUUACUGACGUAGAAAAGCCUCAUCAAAGAGCCACCAUAUGUCUCAGUAAAAUGGACAUUGUGUGGAUAAUCCUGGCCAUCAGUGUUCCAGUGUCAUCCUGCUCUGUUUUACUGACAGUUUGCUGUAUGAGGAGGAAGAAGAAAACCUCCAACUCAGAAAACAACUUGAGCUACUGGAACAAUGCGAUCACCAUGGACUACUUCAACAGGCAUGCAGUUGAGCUACCAAGAGAGAUCCAGUCUUUAGAAACAGCGGAGGAGCAAGAUCCCUGUUGUCCUCCAAAUGGCGACUACAUCGAGAGUGGAAUGGUCCUGGUCAACCCAUUCUGUCAAGAAACUCUUUUUACAAACAGGGACCCAGUGUCGGAAAUAUGAAUAAAGGCUCACUGACGUGUUUGCUUUCAUGUCUUAAAAUUGCUUUUUUUUCCUUUGCAAAAUAAUGAGAUACAAAGAGAAUAUUUCCACCAUUUUUAUUUUUGCCCUGAGGUUGUCAGCCUUUUUAUAUACGGUAUGUGGUAAAACUUUUAAAGACUGUGCUUUAUAUUAAAAAAAAUAAAACAGAAACUAUUUAAUUAUGAAGUCCAGCAGUGUAUUUUUCUUAUGUAUGUUUUCUACGGCUAUGUAAUUGUGAUAAUAGGAGUUUUAUCUGUUUUUGUUUUUUUCUCUAAUUACAAUCUUUGGUUCCUUUUUAGUUUUGUUAAAUCGGUGUGGUGAGUUGAGUAAAUGUAGAGAUUGGAUUUUGAUGUAGAAAUAAAAUGAUGCAGUGACUUAACCCAAAACACUUAAAAAACACUAAAAGCCUGUUGAACUUGAAUUCUACUUGAAAAUACUUGAGGGGAUCUUUGCCAUUCAUGCCUGUUGUCUGUUGGCAGGUUGGAUGCUUAAGGGUUAUGGGAAGUUAGAAACAGUUAUUAAUUUGAAAAUGACAUACCUUGUAGGCAGGGUUUCAACGCAGGACCUCAGUAUCUUGUAAUGGUCUUGAAAUAGCCUUUACCAAGGACCAUCUGAAGAAUACAUGAGCACUAGUCUAAAUGUUUCAGCCAUCGUUUCUCAUUUAGGUGUAUUCUUUGUCCUGUAAAAGUGUGUGUUUACUUUGCUUGUCUUACUGUUUCAGGUCUCUUUAUGUGUUUUGGGUUUUGUGCCAUAAAGGACAUAUUCAUAUCAGAGACUUUUGGAGAGCUAAAUAUUAACGCUUGUUUGAAUACCUGCAUAUACAUAUACUUCUGAAGUAAAAUGCCUCCCGAAAUGAAUCGCCUCCAGUUCAGUUGAUUCCUCACAGAAUUCAGAAAGAAACCAAAAAAAUAAGUUGCAUUGAGUGUUACUAUUGCACUGAACAUGUUUUAGAAGAUCAGAUUUUGUUACUUGUUGCAAGGAUUUCAAGGAAGAUUUUUGGAGUUACUGAUGCUGUACUUCACACACCUAAACUAAAACAACAUGUAUGUUAUCAGCACAUUAGGCUUAAAUGUCUUUUAAGCAGACAAUGAUUUAGCUAUUGUGGAUAUUCCUCACUGUGAGCCCCACUGUGAAGCUGGGUUUUAUGAAGUGUGUACGUUAAGCAGUUUAUUGAACACUAAAAUACUAAAUUUUUAUGCUUAGCUUUAUACUGUAUCUUUUCCAAGUACAUUUUUAUAUUCUAUUAGCUUUUACUGCAGUUGAAAAUAUGAGUAUUGAUAUGUCAUGCACUGUCCCCUAAUUUAAGUGUUGAUAAGAAAUAUAUACUAGUUUUUUGUUGUAUAUCUUUUCUUAUCUGUUUCUUUUAAAAAAAGUACUGAGUGGGCUCCCAUUUGCUUAUGUGGGUGGAGUUUAAACCCCACAGCCAAAACAUUCACUUAUUAGAGUCUAAGCUAGACUGGUCUUUAGCCAGUAGCAACCAGGAUUCCCCAUGCUUGACUGGGAAUUGGUGAAUUGGUUGGCUUAAGAUCGCCAGGGUCUUUUUGACUAGCCAGUCUCUUGUGAGCUAUUGCUGUUUUCAGUGAGAUUGGUAUCACAUCUCCAGUGAGUACUAGUUUUCCUGGCCACUGGGGGACAUUUAGCAUGAAAAACAGUGGAAAGUGACAUUGUCUAAUCUCUCUUCUCCCCAUCUCCAUCGCUAGCAUGAGACUUGUGGUGAGCCAAGUUGAUCAACAGUUAUCGAGCCCAAAACAAUACCUGGCAACUAUUAUAUUGCUAAGGAUUGUAUAAAAUGUUAUUAUAAGUUAUUAUAUUUGUUUUGAAAGUUAUUAUAUGAAUUUUGACUUGCACAUACCUUUUUUAACAAAACCAUGUAUUUUGGUGGCAUUUAACUUCAGAAAGGCUAGUAAAACGAUGAUAAAAAUGUCAUGCUGUUCUUGUACGAGAAUGCAUAUAAGUAUUGAUUUUUUUAUGCAAAAAGAGGUUAAGGGGGAAAAGGUUGAACUUGUAACCAAUAGCAAGACUUUUGUAUUGUAGUAUAUACACUGUACUUUUUACUGCUGAGCAAUAAAAAGAUGAAAAAUUAA